AGUUUGAGAAACUGAUCAUCCAUAGCAGACCAUUGGACAAAACAAUUUCUUCAAAGAUUUGAUGUGUUUGCGAAAGCCGUUAAAGUAUAGCAUGGAUCCAACCAGGUUGUCUGCGAGUAAACAACAACAAACCCAACAGUACAUCCCUGGCUCUUACUUUGCUAUAAAGCGCUGAGUUCCCAGUUGUGAAACAAUAACGCGAGAGAAGUACUUGUGAGAGUCAGUUAGAAUUUGUUUUGUUUUUUGCUUUGUUUUUUUUGUCAUGUCUGUAAAUAGAGAGAGAGGAGAAUAAAAAAAAAACAUUGUUGUUCAGUUUUUGUGCAGUAUAAGUAAUUGUUAAGACAUGUUCCUGAAUGUAAACUAAAAAAUGUAGUUUGAUAUUUGUAAGAAUAAAUGUAUUUUGUGCUGUGAAAUCUGUGAAGUUUAUUCAACCACCAAGUGGAAGCAAUCAGGGAACCCCAGAGGAAUAGUUGGAAUUGCUGUACAAUUGCCACCAUCAGUGUUGUACCACCCACCACCCGCUGGAAUACGGGUUUAUAAGGAGGAUAUUGGUUUGAAUACAACAUUUUGGUCCUUCGAACCGGAUCCAACGAAUCAGAACCAAGGAUUUGACCAUUAUAACGUCACCAACAAGUACUCGGACUGGCAAUUGAGGACAACCUAUUUAUCGCAAAAAGAAUAAUUGAUCGGCAGCCAUCACUACACAGCACAAAUCACAAAAAGGAACAAUUGCAAUCGUUUGGACACCCACCGGCAGUUAUUUUUGUUCAGAACGGGAUCGUUAACGAGGAUUGAAAAUCAACAAUCGCAAUUGUUGGAUUGAGCGCUACAUGAACAUCCACUUAUACAUAUCUGGAACGCCACGUGAACCAACAUUUUGAUUGAUCCACCACCCACUAAGUUCACCAUAAGGAGGCCAGCCACCCUGCAUCGCUGUUUUAUUGAGUGCUGCAUACGAAGAGGAAGUUCAUCUGAAAUUUUGCCUGGGUGAGUGCAUUAGAAUAGUAUAUGCGCCGAAGCUAGGCAAGAUUAAUACACGUUUUAAAAUAAAUUUGUAUCUUCUUCGAUUCAUUCAUACAACCCACUUCCCUGCACAUCAAUGAGUGUAUUGGUCUACAAGUAAACAUAUACUGGUUCAUUGGUUAAUUGUUGCAAUUGGGCAAUUUCUACUGGUUCAUUGAUUGGCGCGACGAUUAGUUCUCCGGGUGAGUUGGAACUGUAUAUGUCCACCGAAGUUAUUUUACGGAAUAUUACAUAAAAUACCCCACCUCUUCGCUAAAACACCUGCCCCAUCGGAGUACAAAGUAAAAAUUGCUUGGCGAUUACAAUCUCAUCGCUAGACUGUUCGCACAUCACAUUGGGUGCAUCGGUUUACGUUGUAAGGUAAACUACACUAGUAUAUGCCUAGCGGAGCUAGGACUUCGAUAGAUAUCUACCAACACGUUCAAUCCUUUUCAACAACGGUGCCGAUAACGUUCCAUCAACAUGCCGCCAGUAAUAUCCGCUGCUAAGAAGGCUCCUUCGCUGAAGCUGCUCAUAGCGAGGUUGAACGAUGUCCAGGCUUCUUUCAACGACAUCUGGCGUUUCGUGGAAUACUACGAAGAAAAUGCAACUGUUACAGAUGUUGACAUUCGGUUAGAGAAGGUAGAUGAGCUAUGGGAGAAGUUUUGUGAUACAUUGGUAGAGAUUAGGGCACAUGAAGAUUAUCUCGCGGAUGAGGAAUCGUACGAUAAGGACCGACAGGAAUUUAGUGAUAGGUAUUAUCGAGCCAAAUCAUUCCUCGUAGAUAAAUCUAAGAAGCUGCAGGGUCCAAUGGGGCUGGAACAGUCUGUUCGAAUGAACGAUUCAGUGGUUUAUGGUAUUGAUCGCGUGCGUCUCCCUCAAAUAAGUUUACCUUCAUUCAAUGGGGACAUAGAUGAGUGGCUGAGUUUCCGAGAUCUAUUCACUUCACUCAUCCACCAUAAAACGGAGUUACCAGAGGUGGACAAGUUCCACUACCUCAAGGGUUGUCUUCAGGGGGAACCGAAAAGCCUGAUAGAUCCGCUGAAAAUUACAAGGGCCAAUUAUCAAAUUGCCUGGGAUAUGUUGUUGAAGCGUUUUGAUAACAGUAAACAGUUGAGGAAACGUCAAGUACAAUCGCUAUUUAAGCUUCCAACAUUAACCAAGGAAUCAGUCAGCGAACUUCACAUCUUGUUAGAGGGAUUCGAGAGGGUCGUGAAAAAUUUAGAUCAAGUCAUAGAACCGGAGGACUAUAAGGAUCUACUGCUUGUCCACAUACUUACAGCACGACUUGACCCGGUAACACGCAGAGGCUGGGAGGAAUUCUCUACGUCCAAGGAGCAAGAUACAUUGUCCGACUUAACGGACUUCAUUCGGCGACGUGUUCAAAUGCUUGAAUCUCUUCCCAGCAAAUCCGUUGAUGUUAAAGGACCAAACCCACUCCAACAGUUUUCGAAACCGAGAACAGCGUUUACGAAAACCAAUUAUAGCAGCAUGCAGAGUGUCGAAGGGCGUUGUGUGGCCUGUAAGGGCGAGCAUCUAUUGUACCAAUGUCAAUUGUUUCAUCGGCUAGAGGUAGCGGAAAGAGACUCACUUUUAAGGACCCAUUCGCUUUGCCGCAAUUGUUUUCGGGUAGGACAUCAGGCGAAGGAUUGUAAAUCCAAGUUUUCCUGUCGAAAAUGCCAGGGUCGACACCAUACAUUGGUAUGCUUCAAGACAGAAAGGGAAGGCUUCAUGAAGGGUACGGUGGUUGCAAAGGGCAAGGAAUCUGGAUCAAAGGCAUCAACUUCAACCCAAACAGCAAAUGUGUCAACCAAAACCGUUUGCACAACGCAGCAGUUCUCUUCUCAGGUGUUACUGGCUACUGCUGUUGUCUUGAUGGUGGAUGAUAGUGGUCAGGUGUUCCCCGCUCGUGCUUUAUUGGAUUCAGGUUCCGAGAGUAAUUUUAUAUCAGAACGGCUGAGUCAGCGGAUGUGUGUCAGCCGAGAAAGAGUGGAUAUAUCGGUUCUAGGAAUAGGUGAAGCAGCUACAGAAGUCAAAUACCGAAUUCGGGCGAUGGUACGGUCGCGAGUGUCCGAAUACUCGAGGGACAUGGAUUUUUUAAUUCUGUCGAAGGUCACAGUGAAUCUUCCGACUUUAACGGUUAAUACGGAAGGGUGGUCGAUUCCAAACGGUGUUGAGCUGGCUGAUCCUGCAUUCUUCCAAUCGAAAGGAGUGGACGUUGUCUUGGGCAUCGAAGCAUUCUUCGAGUUUUUCGGAACUGGUAGAAAAAUUACGUUAGGUGAGAGACUACCAGCGUUGAAUGAAUCAGUCUUCGGCUGGGUAGUGUGUGGAGGUUUGUUAGUACCGAGUCAAUCAAUUCAAGUCAACUGCAACAUAUCUGCAUCAGGAAACUUGGAGUCAUUGGUCGCAAGAUUCUGGGAAUAUGAAGAGAUUGGAGUAUCAAACUAUUAUUCGCCGGAAGAAACUCGCUGUGCAGAACAUUUUGAACGAACGGUACAGCGUGGAAUAGAUGGCCGAUUCACGGUGACAUUGCCCAAGGAUGAGGGUGUCCUUCGUAGAUUAGGAAAAUCGAAAGAAAUCGCACUAAGACGUUUGCAGGGAACCGAACGAAGACUGUUGCGUGAUACUCUACUACGUGAUCAGUAUUUGGCGUUCAUGCAGGAGUACCUUCAGCUCGGUCACAUGAGAAGGGUUGAUAAGGUUUCUGAUGAGGUUCAACGAUGUUAUCUACCUCAUCACCCGGUAGUCAAGGAGACUAGCACUACCACAAAACUACGUGUUGUCUUUGAUGCAUCUUGUAAAACUUCGACAGGAGUAUCAUUAAAUGACGGAUUGCUGGUGGGGCCAGUGAUUCAGGAAGAUCUACGAUCAAUAAUUCUUCGGUGUCGCACGAAGCAGAUCAUGCUCGUUGCCGAUGUAGAGAAGAUGUUCAGGCAAAUAAACAUCUGUCAAAGGGAUAAACCACUGCAAUCGAUUCUCUGGCGAUCUUCUCCCGACGACGAGCCAGAGACCUACGAGCUGGGCACGGUCACGUACGGCACUAAACCUGCACCAUUUCUUGCUACUCGUACACUUAAGCAGCUUGCCAUGGAAGAAGUCAGUCGUUUUCCUCUGGCAGCCAAGGCAGUUUGUGAGGAUACCUACAUGGACGAUAUCAUUACCGGAGCGGAUGCAGCGGAUUUGGCCAUCGAGUUGAGGAUGCAGCUCGAUAAAAUGAUGAGUGCUGGUGGGUUUCACCUCCGGAAGUGGGCGUCGAGUUCUCAAUUAGUUUUAGAAGGAAUCAAAGAGGAAAAUUUAGCGAUUCGAGACUUGGAGGGUAUUAAUUUGGACCCAGAUCCGUCAGUGAAGACACUGGGCCUGACUUGGCUGCCGAAAACAGACACUUUAAAGUUUCAAUUCAAUAUUCCGUUACCGAUUACAACCACAGCACUAUCUAAGCGACAAAUCCUUUCGGUAAUAGCUACGCUGUUCGACCCUUUGGGACUCCUGGGAGUUACUAUUACAAGAGCCAAGAUAUUUAUGCAAAUGUUGUGGACGUUGAAAGAUGAAAAGGAUGAAAGGAUGAAUUGGGAUACCCCGGUACCUUCGACGGUGGGUGAGAUCUGGCGCAGUUAUCACCGACAGCUUUCACUACUAAAUGAAAUCCGGAUUGAACGCUGUGUUAUAAUACCAGAUCCAAUUCUGGUCGAGAUACAUUGCUUCUCUGAUGCGUCUGAGAAAGCAUAUGGAGCAUGUGUAUACAUCAAGAGCAUGGAUUCGAGUGGAAGUAUAAGAGUUAGGUUGCUAUCGUCCAAAUCAAGGGUUGCUCCAUUAAAAUCGCAGUCUAUUCCGAGAUUAGAGCUUUGUGGGGCACUUCUUGCGGUAUUGUUAUUCGAGAAGAUUCAUGAUUCUACGAGGAUAUCAGCUCAAACAUAUUUUUGGACGGAUUCGACGUGUGUUCUACAUUGGAUUGCAUCUUCACCAUCUAAUUGGAAUGUUUUCGUCGCCAAUAGAGUCGCGAAAAUUCAAACAUUGUCCGAAGGUUGUCAUUGGAGACACGUAGCAGGAGUUGACAAUCCAGCAGAUUUGAUUUCUAGGGGGAUAUCCCCAGAAGACGUCAUCGGCAAUACAAUUUGGUGGCAAGGUCCAGCAUGGUUAGAGAAGGGUCCCGAUUAUUGGCCGACAUUCCCGGAAAAUUUAGUAGCUGACGAAGGUGAUGAGGAAAGGCGCCGAGUCAUAUCAACCAACGUGGCUUCAGAAAAGGUGGACUCAAAUGAUUGGUAUUUCGCGAAGUUUGGAGCUUUCGUCGAUUUGAUACGACGUACAGCUUAUUGGCUACGAUUGAUAAAAUUGCUUCGCGAACCCAAAAACACUCGUAAGGACACUACAUUCCUAUCCACAAGCGAGCUGAAAGAGGCAGAAAGAUUGCUGAUUUCGAAGGUUCAACAAGAAUGUUUUUAUCCGGAAUGGAGAACCCUCUCUAAAGGUGAAACGAUUCCACGCAAAUCUCCGCUGCGCUGGUAUAACCCAUAUAUAUCUACGGAUGGAUUGAUAAGAGUUGGAGGACGAUUAAAGCAUUCUAAAGAAUCCGAAGAUAAGAAGCAUCCAAUUGUUUUGCCCGCUAGGCACCAUUUUACGAGAUUGAUUAUAAGACACUAUCAUGAGAAGUUGCUUCACGCAGGACCUCAACUGCUACUAGGAGCAAUAAGACUCCGAUAUUGGCCAUUAGGUGGAAGGAAUCUCGCUCGCUACACUGUGCAUCACUGCCAAAAGUGUUAUCGAUCAAAACCGUCUGCAAUCCAGCAGUUCAUGGGAGAGCUGCCAUCGGCACGGGUCACCGUAUCUCGUCCGUUCUCACGAACGGGCGUUGACUACUUCGGACCACUUUAUCUAGGAUUAGCCCCGCGACGACCAGCAGUGAAGGCCUAUGUAGCGAUCUUCGUUUGUAUGUGUACCAAGGCAGUACACUUAGAGCUGGUGAGUGAUUUAUCUACCGACCGGUUUCUGCAAGCGCUGCGGAGAUUUAUCUCAAGGAGAGGGAUGUGUACGGAUAUUUACUCCGACAAUGGCACCAACUUCAUCGGAGCUCGCAAUAAACUUCGGGAAGUAUUGAAAUUGCUGAGAGAUAGCAGCCACCGAAAUCAAGUGUACAAGGAGUGUUCCAAUCAAGGGAUUCAAUGGCACUUUAAUCCACCUAGCGCGCCACACUUCGGAGGCUUGUGGGAGGCAGCCGUACGAUCAGCAAAAAACCAUUUAUUGAAGGUUCUUGGUGAGAGUGUGGCGACUCCCGAGGAUAUGAGCACAUUGCUCGUUCAAGUGGAAGGAUGCCUUAAUUCAAGACCGUUAACACAAAUGUCUGAGGACCCGAAUGACUUGGAACCGUUGACACCGGCCCAUUUCCUCAUAGGAACUUCUUUACAGGCGAUUCCGGAAGAAAAUGUGGAAACAAUGCCCACUAAUCGUUUGAAUUAUUGGCAGUUAAUCCAGAAACGGCUACAAGACUUCUGGAAGAGAUGGCGUAGAGAUUAUUUGGCCCAGCUGCAAGGAAGGAUGAAGCGAUGGAAACCACCUGUUGACAUCGUAGUUGGUAGGUUGGUAAUCAUUCAAGACGACAAUCAGCCCCCUAUGCGGUGGAAAAUGGGAAGAAUUAUGGAGGUACAUCCUGGGGAUGAUGGAAUUGUGCGGGUGGUGACACUUAAAACAUCUGCAGGAAGAUUGAAACGACCGGUGGAAAAAUUAUGCGUUUUGCCAAUCGAAGAACCCAGCAAUUAAGCCUUUGGACGUAAAUUUGUUGCUCCCAGAUUCCUUUCCCGUCGAAGAGGGUUUUUGUGUCAUUUCAGAAAUAUGGUAUUUCAGGGUGGGUGAGGAUGUCUGCGAGUAAACAACAACAAACCCAACAGUACAUCCCUGGCUCUUACUUUGCUAUAAAGCGCUGAGUUCCCAGUUGUGAAACAAUAACGCGAGAGAAGUACUUGUGAGAGUCAGUUAGAAUUUGUUUUGUUUUUUGCUUUGUUUUUUUUGUCAUGUCUGUAAAUAGAGAGAGAGGAGAAUAAAAAAAAACAUUGUUGUUCAGUUUUUGUGCAGUAUAAGUAAUUGUUAAGACAUGUUCCUGAAUGUAAAAUAAAAAAUGUAGUUUGAUAUUUGUAAGAAUAAAUGUAUUUUGUGCUGUGAAAUCUGUGAAGUUUAUUCAACCACCAAGUGGAAGCAAUCAGGGAACCCCAGAGGAAUAGUUGGAAUUGCUGUACAAUUGCCACCAUCAGUGUUGUACCACCCACCACCCGCUGGAAUACGGGUUUAUAAGGAGGAUAUUGGUUGGAAUACAACACAGGUUAAAAAGCUAGAGGGACGAGAUGUAGCUUCAUGAGGAUGCAUCGUAUGCCUUUCCGAAAUUUACAACAAAUCAGCCGAGCCAGCAAGUAAUCAACAACACAUC